CGCAUGCGCACAAUAAAAAUAAAAAGACAGCAAUUGGAAAUCAGAGAUGGCGGGCGCCUCCGACCCCCUGGAAGAUAUGUUCUUUUCCGAGGUGGAUGAGAAGGCUGUAAGCGACUUGGUGGGCUCGCUGGAGUCUCAGCUGGCCGGCCAGAACAAUUCGGCGGGCAAAAUCGAAGAGAGCCGAGGUGCUGGCUCAGUUGCCCCCGCUAACCAUCACUUGGGGAAAACGUUACCAGCUCCGGCGGGCUCCACAACACUGGAUCAACAACAACAAGGGCGCCGUAAUAAACCCGACAUGCGCCAGGAAUUAAACUGCACGGACGUUAGCGCGGAUAAAACUGUCACAUCGCUUUCCCAGGGCUGCACCCCUUCCUCCUGUGAGCCCUCCGACGCCGUCGCCGCUGCCAGCAAUAGCGACUCUCAAUCACAUGGAGCAUCCAUCACAACACUGCCCGUGUCCGGCGUGUCAACUUCCCCGCCGGCCAGCAGCAUCAGCACCGCCGCCACCUCCGGCCGCCCCAUGAAUGCUUCUCCGGACUCAGGUGAGCCAUACGCGGACGCUUCGAAACGACGCCUCGCCACUCCGCGACGGAGCGCCUCGGCUCGGAUUAAGAGUUUGAACGGUGCCGCUGCCGUUACCACCCGAGGGGACAGCAGCGGCAGCAGCCCCGUGGCGGGGGAAGACGACGCCGGCGGCAGCCCCGCGGACCCCCGGCUGGCGAACACCGCAGCCAUCAACACGUCGACGUUCACCCUCGCCAAAGCCAGCCUGCCUGCGGGUCAGUCGGCCAUUGCCUUGGACCGGGGCACCCCCACCAUCGCCUUGCACAGACUUCCCAGUCACAUCGUGGCCAGCAUCGCCCAGAACGGGACCAGCGUGUCGGCGUUGGCCCAGCAGGGUGCUCAGACAUCUCCUGUCACCUCGCCCCCAUCCUCCUCCUCCUCGCCACCUGCACAGGAGAACCACACUAAAGUCGCCCCGGAGCCUGCAGGGGCUCCCAGCGGAUGUCAGUCCAAAAUUGUCACCACGAGCUCUGUCAUAAACAUUGUUAGCUCCAAUGCCGUGACAACAACACCCACCACCACCACUACCACCAACACAGUAACUCAACCUUUAACCACCACCGCUACUAUGACCACCACCACCACCACUACCAUAGCAGCCGCCUCAGUGACAACAGGCAGUGUUGGUGGUCAGACCAUAUCUGUGACCAGUACUAUAAGCACGGUCCGGCCCAUCACCUCCAUCCCCGCCACCCCUGCCAUCCUUGCUGCUCCAGCCGCAGCCUCGCCAACCACGCUGACCCCGACCCGGCCCGGUCUGGCCACGCCUCAAAGGAUCGUAGCGCCGCAGCUGAUUGUCAGACCCCCCCAGCAGCAGACCACCAUCCAGCUGCCCCCUGGGUUCACCAUCCCGUCUGGCAUGGUGCUGGUACGGACCGAGCUGGGCCAGCUGGUGUUGGUUCCUCAGCAGGCUUUAGCACAAGCUCAAGCUCAGGCACAGGCUCAGGCACAGGCUCAGGCACAGUCUCAGGGUCAGGCCCAGGCCCAGAAUAACAUCUCGCCGCGGCCAGCCACUCCCACCACGGGGGCGUCCUUUAGAGUCACCACUCCGCAGUCUCCAGCGACCUCUCAGACCACUAGGCAGUGUGCUCUGACCCCGGCCAAGGUGGUGCCAUCUCCCUCUCCUGCUCCUUCCAGCCCUGCCCUCCAGACCACCUCCUCUUCCUCUUCUUCUUCUCCUUCUUGUUCUUCUUCUUCCUUCGCUACCUCCUGUCCCGCACUCCGCCCAAAGGGCCCCGUGCUGCCGGCUGUGGCGGUGACAGCUCCGCAGCAGACCCCGGUGGUUCCAGCCCACCAGGCGCCUCCAGCCCAGGCCCCCCCCCAGCCCCUCCAGACGACAGGCAUUGGUGCGGCUCCUGGAGCUCCUGUCGUGUCCCAGGAAAUGCAGGAGAACGUGAAGAAGUGUAAAAACUUCCUCGCCACACUCAUCAAGCUGGCGUCGCACAAUUCCCCGUUGCCCGAGACAUCCAAGAAUGUCAAAGCUCUUGUGCAGGACCUGCUGGAUGCCAAGAUCGAGCCAGAAGAGUUCACCAGCCGGCUGCAGACGGAGCUCAAGUCAUCACCACAGCCUUACCUGGUACCGUUUCUUAAGAAGAGCCUCCCGGCCCUGCGGCUGUCUUUGCUAAGCAGUCAGCAGUCCCUGAUUCAGCCGCCACAGCAGGGCGUCAAACCAGCGGUGCCCCUUGCGAGCGGGCCAGCUGUCCACAUACGCCACCCGAACAGUGUCGGCGCCACCACGGGUGCCAGCGCGCUGCCCACCGGGACGCUGGGCCAUGCAGCUGCUGCGGGUAUGAAGACUACAGGCCCUGUGGGUGGACAAGUCCGAAUGCCGGUGAUGAUCUCGCAGUCCAUGAGAGCUCAAGGUACAAUGGGAAAGGUGGGCACCUUCCAAGCAGGUAGGAGUCCGGUGGGCUUGGCUGUCCAGAUCUCUGGCAAUCAAAAAAACAAGCUCAACGACCCGGGAGGAGGCUCUUUCAGGGACGAUGACGACAUCAACGACGUGGCCUCCAUGGCGGGUGUCAACCUGAACGAGGAGAGCGCCCGCAUACUCGCCACCAACUCGGAGCUGGUCGGCACGCAGAUCCGCUCGUGCAAGGAUGAAGCCUUUCUGCAUCCUGGGCUGCUCCACCGACGCAUCCUGGAGACAGCCAAGAAGUUUGGCAUCACGGACGUUCCCAUGGAGGUUGUGACAUUCAUCUCCCACGCCGCACAGUCACGACUCCGCACCGUCGUCGAGAAGGUUUCGACCAUCGCACAGCACAGACUGGACUCCUGCAAGGAUGAUGAGUGCUACGAACAAUCGGCAGACGUGCGCUCUCAGCUGCGCUUCUUCGAGCAACUGGAGAGGAUGGAGAAGGCGAGGAAAGACGAGCAGGAGAGAGAGAUCCUCUUGAAAGCCGCCAAGAGCCGCUCCAGGCAAGAGGACCCAGAGCAAGCUCGACUGAAACAGAAAGCCAAGGAGAUGCAGCAACAGGAACUUGCCCAGAUGAGGCAGCGGGACGCUAACCUCACAGCACUAGCGGCAAUCGGACCACGCAAAAAACGUAAGGUGGACUCGCCGGGGGCCACCCCAUCAGGGACCGAGCUCUCGGGCAGCACGGCUGGCUCCCCGGCUGGCUCGUCGUCCACGCCCACCUCGUCGUCGCGCCAGUACGCCCGUCAGCGCAUCACCCGCGUCAACCUCAGGGACUUCAUCUUCUACAUGGAGCAGGAGCGAGACACGGCCCAUUCGCUGCUGCUGUAUCGCGCCCUCCUCAAGUAGCCUCCUCUUCCUCCUCUAGCCACGUGCCUUCAGAUCAGGUGUCAGCUCAGUGUCUCAAUACGUGCGCUCGUCAUCAGCCAGCUUCCAUCUACAUGUUUAUCAGAAAACAGUAGGGGGAAAUGUCACAAAAAAUGAUUGAUUGUGUCUUUGCUGUCUUGCUUUUCAUGUUGUGUAGCGAUGUUUGGGGGCCACCAUUUCUUUGUGUUUUUUAUAAACGUACAGCCAAUCAAAUCCAAAUAAGACUUGCUAUUUAUUGAACACGUGUCAAUAAAGGAGAUUUCUACAACACA